GGCGCUCGGGCGCUUCCGCAAAGAUGGCGGCGGCUGCGGGAAGAAGCGCUCGGCUGGCGGCCUGGGGCGCGAGUCUACGGCGCGGGCUCGCGGCCGGCCGACGAGCUGUGCCGAGUCGCGGCCCUCUCGCUGCGGCUGUAGCCGGCGUGGCCUUGGCAGGCGCAGGAGCGGCCUGGCAUCACGGCCGCGUGAAAGCAGCUGCGCGCGAGGGCACCCUUACGGUGUUAGCGCAGAAAAAUGACUUGGGACCAAUUGAGAAAGUUUCUCUCCGCAAACAGCGGUUCAUGCAGUUCUCCUCCCUGGAGCAUGAGGGAGAGCAUUACAUGACACCCCGAGACUUCCUCUUCUCAGUCAUGUUCGAGCAAGUGGAGCGUAAAACACUAGUCAAGAAGCUGGCAAAGAAGGAUAUCGAGGAUGUACUAUCAGGAAUCCAAACAGCACGUUGUGGAUCAACAUUUUUUAGAGACCUGGGUGAUAAAGGGGUAAUUUCAUACACCGAGUAUCUUUUCUUGCUUACAAUCCUCACAAAACCUCAUUCUGGGUUCCAUGUUGCUUUUAAAAUGCUGGAUGCGGAUGGUAAUGAGAUGAUUGAGAGGAAGGAGUUCGUUAAGCUGCAGAAGAUCUUAAGUAAGCAAGAUGACUUCAAGACAGUGAAGACUAAUGGGACAGAACGCCAGGAACCAACAGUGAAAGAGCCUGGAGUUAACACAACCCUUCAAGUGCGUUUCUUUGGGAAAAGAGGAGAAAAAAAACUUCAUUAUAAAGAAUUUCGAAGAUUUAUGGAAAAUUUACAAACAGAAGUUCAAGAAAUGGAAUUCCUUCAGUUUUCUAAAGGUUUGAACUUCAUGAGAAAAGAAGACUUUGCAGAGUGGCUACUUUUCUUCACUAAUACCGAAAAUAAAGAUAUUUACUGGAAAAACGUGAGAGAAAAAUUGUCCGUAGGAGAGAGCAUUAGUUUGGAUGAGUUCAAGUCCUUUUGCCAUUUUACAACGCAUUUGGAAGACUUUGCUAUCGCCAUGCAGAUGUUUAGUUUAGCUCAUCGCCCUGUGAGGCUGGCGGAGUUCAAGAGAGCCGUGAAAGUGGCGACUGGACAGGAGCUCUCAGACAAUCUUCUGGACACUGUCUUCAAGAUCUUUGAUCUGGACGGGGACGAGUGCCUCAGCCACGGCGAGUUUCUCGGGGUGCUGAGAAACAGGAUGCACCGAGGUCUAUGGGUGUCCCAGCAGCAGAGUGUGCAAGAAUACUGGAAGUGCGUGAAGAAGGAGAGCAUCAAGGGGGUCAAGGAAGCCUGGAAGCAGGCCGGCAAGGGCCCCUUUUAGGGAAGGCCUGCUAGAGCCCAGGGUGCCAGACGCAGCUUUUCCGAGAAUCCGCUGUUUUUCUCUGUCUUCACGGAGUUGCUUUGAAGUGUAAAGAUGCCAUGUACUCAUUUCUGAUUUGGGGGCUUUGGGGGCUGAGGGAGGUGAGUGAGCGUGUGCCACAGCGCACAGCCAGAGGCCAGCCUGUGGGGCCGGUUCGCUCCGGCAGCCACGGCAGCCCCAGAGAAUGAACUCGCUCAUGAGCAGUGGCGUCCAGUGCCUUUACCUGAUAAAGCCGUCUCACCAGCUCUGACUCUGUGAUGUCCUGUUGAGUCUUCAUUACACAAAGUAUUCUUGUAUGAAAAUACACACUGCUCUAUUAAAGGCCUGUGUGCAAAGUGUGCUUUCUGGGGGACUAAACAAGUCAGGGGAGGGACUUCAUCCCAAGACAGGGGUGGAUCUCAGGAGCCAAGGUGGCUUAGGGAGCAACUGCAGUUACUGUGCCUGCACAGGACACAGCCAUGUACCAGACCUUCCUAACAGGCAGCACACCGGGUUCCGUCUCCAACCACUCCGACACACACAUACACACAGAUACACACAUUCACGCACAUACAGUGUCUUGAUAUCAAGGUUUCUUAAGGUAAGGGGUAUCUUGGGUUGUGGGAAAUAUGGCACUAUAAAGUAGUUUGCAAUAAAAUAAAUAUGAAAUAAUGUUAUGUGGAGAUGUACAUGUUUAUGUAUGUGUAUAUGGGUGCACAUACAUGUGUAUGUGGAAGCCCUGCUCCUGUAAAUAGCCCCGUAUUUCUGAAGUGAUCCCAAUAAACCCAUAAGUUCACCAAGCUAAA